GUGGCACAUUCACCGCGAGCGCAGCUCUCAGGAUGUUAAACACAGACUAACGGACUAACAGCCCGCAGUUAAAGAGCUAAUGGAUAUUAAACCGGGGAAUAUUACCGCGCGCGGCGGCAAGUAGAAGUUUCAGCAGCUUCAUGUAAGAUAUGUAUCGCCUCUCAGCAGCAGCAGCAGGACAAGGACUUUUAUCAGACUGAGUGCUCUGUUUCUGUAAAGCCACAAUGCUGAAAAUGGAGCAGAGGAGAGGACAAGAACAGUGAUAAAGUCGGAUGCAUCUUUAUCUAUGGAUACUGAAUCUGAAAUCUUGGGAAAGAGAAAAAAACCCACACUAAUUAGGUCCAAAACAUUUGACCCCUCACUUCUGUCACAUGUCCAAAGUGACAUAGAGACGAAGAUUGACAGGAAGAAGCACCACUCUUAUCAUUUUCCAAGGUCGAAUUCUCAAUAUCACAAGGUUUUCAAAGACAUCAGUGAGAAUGAGCAUCUGAAACAAAGUUACACCUGUGCCUUGCAAAAGGAUAUUCUCUACCAAGGGAGACUUUUUGUGUCUGAAAACUGGAUCUGUUUCCAUUCAAAAGUCUUCGGCAAAGACACUAAGAUCUCUAUCCCAGUCCCAUCUGUAACAGUAAUAAAGAAAACCAAAACUGCUAUUCUAGUGCCAAAUGCUCUGGUAAUUGCCACAGCACAAGAGAGGCAUGUCUUCGUGUCUUUCCUGUCCCGAGACACAACCUACAAGGUUCUGAUGUCAGUAUGCAUACAUCUUCAUGACAAGUGUCUAGGAAGCAGCCCUAUUCCUUCUUCUGCAGACAGAAACUACAGAGUGACUCCUUCUGCACUUCCGAUGGAUUUCUCAGGAGAUCUGUCAGAUCUGGAUGGCCCAGUAAUUCAGACGAGGCAAGAAUUGGGAGACAGCAGUAGCUCAGAAUCUCCAGAUUCACCAGAAUUCGAGAAAAUCACAGAAUUCCCAAAACGUUCCCAAAAGGUUUUUCUGAAUGUAGUGAAACAAGACAAUGCACCAGACUCCCACCCACAGCAAACAAAACAUGAACAAACCGUGUAUGAUGUAAAAGCACUGAGACCGAAUUCACUUAACAUUCUUCUGAUGUUCUACCUAUUUCUAGUCUGCAUUCUGGUCCUGUCUUCAUGUUACAUGGCUUUCAAGAUAAUAUCUCUGGAAGAGAGGCUAGUGUCUCUCAGCUCCUUGGCUGAGUUCUCUCACAAUAGAGAUGACUAUCACAGCCUUUAUACUGAGGAUACAUCUGAGAUUUAUACUAUUCUCUCAGUGAACCUUGUGAAGUUGGAAAAGAUUCAAAGAAACCUACAGAAACUACUGGAGGACACUUAAUGAUGUUAAAUGGUAAAUAAUUGCUAAUCAGUGGCAGACAACAAAGACUAAAUGUCAACAGCAGACCCACAAAGAGCACAGACAUGGUGUGGGAGUUAGUGUAUUUCUCUUAAUUCAAAAAAUAUGUUUAUACAUAGUUUGUGCAUAUGUAUUUUACUGUAAGAUUUUACAAAAAAAACUGUGAAAAAACUCUUUCUUGUCUCAUUUUGUUUUUUUUUACAAAGUUGAGUUGUGACUGGUGGCUGCAUUAUGCAAACACAAGAGCUUGGUAAUUGAGAUCCUGAUUAAUUAUUGAUCUAAGUAAUGAAGUAAUCAUGAAAUAAAGAUUAGUUGGUCCAGUGUUUUCUUUUGCUUAAGGAAGAAAUGUGUAUUGUUUAUUACUGAAUGGUUUUGACAAGUGCAAUAUUUCUGUUUGAUCCAAAUGAAAUAGAACUGUAUUAUAAGUUAAGGAUGUAUAAAGAUGUUGUCAUAUAACACAGUAUAAUUUAAAAUACCUCAAAAUGGUAGUCAUGCAAUAUUGUAUAUGUAAAUAUAAUGUCAGUUAAUGUCAGUAAGAACUUUCUGUAAAUGUCAGUAUUUACUUUUUGGAUAUGUGCCUUACUUUGAAAUAAAUCUCAGCACAUGUGAAA